GUCACCAAGGUGAAAGAAGUAUGUCAGAGAACAUGUCUUCGCCGUGGCGCCGAGUGUUGUGCGUCGAAAUUGUUAUUCAUUUUAGGUGCGCAUGAUGAGGGUACUUGAUCGACGGGAACAUGCCUUGAAAAGACGAGAGGCGGUCGUCGUUCUUUACUGAGAGGACAAGCAUGCUGAACCUUGCUGAACCCGUCUGGAGUGGCGUGGGAUCGCAGUCAGAUCUUACGGUUGUGGUCAUCUCGGCUUGACGAACUACAUUCACAUAGGGCGACGAGCCCGCUCUCAGUCUUUUCACGCAAUACCCGACAGUCAUUCUACCUGGGGCCAGUUGACCCGAAGACUUGUCUGAUAUUCCAUUUCGUUCGCUUCUUUUGAUAUCACAAAGCACGUUGAACAUUACCAGGUCACCCCGCUUACACCAAAUAUAGCUCGAUAUUCACCUCUGAAAAACUCGCCCAACAUCACUACAAGCAUCCGUAUCUAAUUGGAGACAUGACCAUCACGUUUGGCUCCUUUGAUGGAGUGUGCAGCACCGCUGCUCUCGUCAUUUGUCCAUUGCUGGGUACUUCUGGACAAGGCGUGGAACCUACAUGCUACUCCCGCAACGUCCAAAUUGGUUCGACGCUCAUUUUCCAGCCUUCGACAUGUUUUGUCCAUAUCGUUGCAAUAAUCAUGACCGCAAUCAUGAUUUACCAUAUUCGUUCAAAGUAUACCGCAGUGGGACGAAAGGAGAUUGUGAUGUUCUUUUGGAUGUACAUGGUCAUUGAACUUCUCGCAAUGUUCCUGGACUCGGGAAUUAUACCGACUGCCAAUGUCAGCUAUCCUUGGUUUGCUGCAGCUUAUACAGGUCUAGUAGCAGCUGCCUAUUGCUGUAUUCUUGUCAACGGGUUCGUUGGAUUCCAGUUUGCCGAAGACGGGACGCCUCUUUCUCUUUGGUUCCUUCGGACAUCCUGUUUCGCCGUUUUCGGAGCAUCUUUCUUCGUCUCUAUUGCUACCUUCAAAUCCUUCGCUUCAUUUUCCCCAUCGAAACCUACCGGACUCUUCGUCAUUUACCUUAUCUGGCCCAUCCUGUGCGUUGCCACAUACACCAUCUCGCAACUCGUCCUUGUAUUCCGGACUCUUGACGACCGCUGGCCCCUCGGUGACAUCAUCUUUGGAAUUGCGUUCUACGGGAUCGCUCAAGUUCUUUUGUUCGCCUUCAGCGUCACCAUAUGUAAUGCCAUCAAACAUUACUUGGAUGGCCUGUUCUUUUUCACGCUGUGCGUUUUAUUGAGUGUGAUGAUGGUAUACAAAUACUGGGAUAGUAUCACGCGUGAAGAUCUCGAGUUCUCCGUCGGAUCCAAAGCUGCCGUUUGGGAAGUCAAGGACCCGCUUCUCACGGCUUCUGUCACAGCUCCUAGUGCAGAAUACGAGGAGGAUGCAUCAAGCUACCAUGCUGGCGCCGCAAGUCUUGUCGGCGGGGUUAGUGGUGCGCAAUAUUACGGCGCGAAGCCAGGGUAUGGUGGUUCCCAGGGUGGCUACGGACAAGGAGGAUAUGGCGGUGCGCGAAGGGCCUACCCACCGACGUCCGAAGGUUAUUGA